AUGCCGACAACGAUCGUCCCAUACAUAAUAUCAGGAGAAGAAAUUGUCGAUGAGAAGAAUGUAUUCCCUGUUUAUAGUCAUAAGAAUCCUUCUCAAGUAAUUCAUCAAUUCAGUUAUUUGCCAAUAGCUGAUAGUACCAUUGAAAUGGUUGCUCUGAAUGCCAAGAAAGGAUUCAAAGAAUGGGCUAGUGUCACCGUGGCUAAGAAAAUCGAAAUCUUUAAUAAAUUUAAAAGCAUAUUACAAGAACACCGAGAUGAAUUUGUUAAAGUUCAUACAGAAAUUGGUGGACCGGAAUGGUUUGCCAAUGUCAAUAUUGAUGGUGUUAUUGGUCAAGUUCAGGAAUAUAUUGGACAUUUUAGUAAUUCCGAAGGUGAAUUAUUCCAUUCAGAGGGAAACGAAUUCGCUUUAACUGUUAGACAAGCUAUUGGACCAGUUCUUUCUAUUUCUCCUUGGAAUGCUCCGGUGAUUUUAGGUGGUAGAAGUAUUCUUGCUCCUUUAGCAGCGGGUUGUUCGGUCAUUGCAAAGUCUCCUGAAAAAGCUCCUAAACCAUUACAUUUGUUGAUUAAGUAUUUGCUUGAAGCUGGCGUUCCUGCAAAUACAGUUCAAUUGCUCCAUUUAAAACCUGAAGAUAAUCCAGAAUUUUUAGAAAAGAUCUUGGCCACAGGCACUAUUAAAAAGAUUAAUUUUACUGGUUCAACAGCCGUCGGUAAAAGCAUAUCUGUCACUGCUGCAAAAUACUUGGUUCCUUGUUUGUUGGAAUUAGGAGGGAAGAAUAUUUCCCUUGUUUGUAAAGAUGCAGAUAUUUCCAAAGCUGCUGGAAAGGAUAAUUGGGCUGCAUGGGCACAUAAGGGUCAAAUUUGUAUGAGCACUGAUCACGUGUAUAUUCAUGAAUCAGUGUAUGAAUCAUAUAAAGAGCAAUUGAUAAAAUGUGCUAAAGAAAUGGUGAAUGAUCCUGAUAAUUUGAUUUCCGAACGAGAUCCUAUAGGAAGAGAUAAAGUCGUGACAUUGGUUGAUGAUGCGUUGGCCAAAGGUGCAUCAAUCGUAUUUGGAGAAUAUUCUAAAGAAUACGUAGAACAGAACAAUACUUUUACCCCCUUGAUUUUGGAAAAUGUGACUCCAGAGAUGAAGCUUUAUACUACAGAAAGUUUUGGCCCAAUUUUUGCUAUUGAAAAGUUCUCUGAUAUUGAUGCUACAAUUGAUAAGAUAAAUGAUACUGAGUAUGGAUUAAAAACGUCUAUUUGGUCAUCUAAUAUAAUUUCCGCUAUAAACAUAGCUAAAAGAAUUGAAAGUGGUGGUGUUCAUAUCAAUAAUUUUACCAUUCAUGAUGAACCACAUCUUCCACAUGGUGGUGUCAAGUCUAGUGGUAUUGGUAGAUUCAAUGGUCGCUGGGGAAUUGACAGUUUUCUGUAUGUCAAAACAAUCACAGCUGAUUAUUAA